CGCCACCCGCCGGGAGGGGGAGGGCGCACAGGAGGAAGGAGGAAGCCGCCAUCUUGGAGCGUCGAGUCGCCAUAACAAGGCACCGGGGGAGCGAGAGGAUUUUGUACCUGGGCGAGGGGGAGCGCGGCUGGUGGCGAUUGAAGCAAGUGAAUUGUGAUAUAACUGAACUUCAAUAGAGGGCUUUUUUUAAAAAAAAGUUGUUCCACAGUGCAUCAGAGCAAGUUACUGCUUUACUUUUGAGUGACUUACAGGUGCUUGCCUGCAUUGCAAUAAAGGACUCAUAUAUUGAGCAAGACUUAUUUAUCUCUUCAUUUUGGAGAGUCUAAUAAACUGUUAUUACAGUUUCUGUACUGACUUUCAAAGUUUUGAAGUCUAAAAAGACAUCUUUAAAGAUAAAAGCAUGAGCACGGCCAGAACAGAGAACCCUGUUAUAAUGGGUCUAUCCAGUCAGAAUGGGCAGUUGAGAGGCCCUGUAAAACCCAGCGGGGGCCCAGGAGGUGGAGGCACACAAACUCAGCAACAGAUGAACCAGCUGAAAAAUGCCAACACAAUCAAUAAUGGCACUCAACAGCAAGCACAGAGUAUGACCACCGCUAUUAAACCUGGUGAUGACUGGAAGAAGACUUUAAAACUCCCUCCAAAGGAUUUGAGAAUCAAAACUUCGGACGUGACCUCCACAAAAGGAAAUGAGUUUGAAGAUUACUGUUUGAAACGGGAGUUGCUGAUGGGAAUUUUUGAAAUGGGCUGGGAAAAACCAUCUCCUAUUCAGGAGGAGAGCAUCCCCAUUGCUUUAUCUGGUAGGGAUAUCUUGGCUAGAGCAAAAAAUGGAACAGGCAAGAGUGGAGCCUACCUCAUUCCUUUACUUGAACGGCUAGACUUAAAGAAGGACAAUAUACAAGCAAUGGUGAUUGUUCCCACCCGUGAACUAGCCCUGCAGGUCAGUCAAAUCUGUAUCCAAGUCAGCAAACACAUGGGAGGUGCCAAAGUGAUGGCAACAACGGGAGGAACCAAUUUGCGAGAUGACAUAAUGAGACUUGAUGAUACAGUGCAUGUGGUGAUAGCUACCCCUGGGAGAAUUCUCGAUCUCAUCAAGAAAGGAGUAGCAAAAGUUGAGCAUGUCCAGAUGAUAGUAUUGGAUGAGGCAAAUAAGUUGCUGUCUCAAGAUUUUGUUCAGAUAAUGGAAGACAUAAUUCUCACGCUACCUAAAAACAGACAGAUUUUGCUCUACUCAGCCACUUUUCCUUUGAGUGUGCAGAAGUUCAUGAAUUCCCAUUUGCAGAAACCCUAUGAGAUUAAUCUGAUGGAGGAGCUGACCUUGAAGGGAGUUACUCAGUACUAUGCCUAUGUCACUGAGCGUCAGAAAGUGCACUGCCUCAAUACGCUCUUUUCCAGGCUUCAGAUUAACCAGUCGAUCAUUUUCUGCAACUCCUCUCAACGGGUUGAAUUGCUAGCCAAAAAGAUCUCCCAGCUGGGCUAUUCCUGCUUUUAUAUCCAUGCUAAAAUGAGGCAGGAACACCGCAAUCGUGUAUUCCAUGAUUUCCGAAAUGGCUUGUGCCGCAAUCUCGUUUGCACUGAUCUGUUUACCCGAGGUAUUGAUAUCCAGGCUGUGAAUGUGGUGAUAAAUUUUGAUUUCCCAAAGCUGGCAGAAACUUAUCUUCAUCGCAUUGGCAGAUCAGGUCGCUUUGGUCAUCUUGGCCUGGCCAUCAACUUAAUCACCUAUGAUGAUCGAUUCAACCUGAAAAGUAUUGAGGAGCAGUUGGGAACUGAAAUUAAACCCAUACCAAGCAACAUCGACAAGAGCUUGUAUGUGGCAGAAUACCACAGUGAACCGGUAGAAGAUGAGAAACAGUAAACAUGCAGGCUUUGAUUACACAUGCCAGAAGGUGAAGCCCUAUGAUCCAGAUCUGUGACACAUCGUUUCUUUGGGGAUACCCUUCUCUUUGUGGGUUUUUCUUCAUCUUUUCAUUUCGGAACUAUGAAGACUAAAAGAGCUCGGCCUUUUUUUCCUCUUUAAAUUUGGCGGCAAGGAAGAAAGAAGAUAAAAGAAGGAAUGUCUUUUUGUUUUUCCA